GUUUCAGCUUGAAGCGCCGCGAAAACCAUCAAGAGAGCGAUCGUCGUCGUCUUCCACAUCUUUGCGAAAGAGAAAAAACGCGCAGAAGGACGUGAUGAGGAAAACAAAAAGAGAACCAUAGCACUAACGGAGCACGAGGUUGAUCCUUGCGAGAAGGAUUAUCGAUCGAGGUGCUGCCGUGCCGGGUUAAAAAGGAGCUCUGCGAUUAGUGGUAAAUGAGAGCUGCAGAGUUCGUUGGAGGUGGGAUGAUUGACAGCUUCGCAUCGCAGGAAUCUUUAAAAAUGUGAUACUGGAAGCUUUCAAUCACAGCAGGCUGAUCGAGGCAGGCAGCAUAACCGACGCUGAAGUUCCACGAGGCAAAGAGCCACUAUUCUAAGUUGAUUUGACCGAUAUGAUCGGAAAAAAUUAAAUCGACGGCUCGGCUGUUAGAAGAGGGAGGAAAAGAUCAACUAUGGCGGAGCACCAUCACCACCACGAUCACGGCGAAGCUCAUGGGGCCAACGAGUGGAAGGGUCCGGAUGGAAAGCUCUACCACUCCCAUGAUGGUUUGGCUCCUCACACGCACGAGCAGCUCGAUUCUCCUGGCUACUUCAACCGGCGGCCUUUGGCUCUGCAAUCUCGCAACUUUGCGGAGCGCGCUUUUACUGUCGGGAUCGGAGGACCGGUUGGAACAGGGAAGACAGCUCUAAUGCUUGCUCUUUGCCAGGCCUUGCGAGAUAAAUACAGCAUCGCAGCCGUUACAAACGACAUUUUUACACGAGAGGAUGCCGAGUUUCUGGUUAAAAACGGUGCUCUUGCCCCCGAACGAAUAAGAGCUGUCGAAACUGGUGGAUGCCCCCACGCUGCAAUUCGAGAAGACAUCAGCAUUAAUUUGGGACCACUGGAAGAACUCUCUACAAAGUUCUCGGCUGACAUACUUUUGUGCGAAUCCGGAGGAGAUAACCUCGCCGCAAACUUCAGCAGGGAACUAGCCGACUACAUCAUCUAUAUUAUCGAUGUCUCUGGGGGCGACAAAAUUCCUCGCAAAGGCGGGCCUGGUAUCACACAAGCCGAUCUCCUUGUUAUCAACAAAACGGAUCUAGCGCAGGCUGUUGGAGCGGAUUUGAAAGUGAUGGAACGGGACGCGUUGAGAAUGCGUGACGGUGGUCCAUUCGUCUUUGCACAGGUGAAGCACGGUGUAGGAUUGCAAGAUAUAAUCGACUACGUGCUCCAUGCAUGGGAGGAUGCAACCAAGAGAAAGAGAUCACGGCGGUGAAGUGAGGAAGACAAACGCCAUCGCUCCAGAAAGCCGGAUCUGACAGAAGAAAAUAAUCACCUCUUCCACUGAUUGCCGUCUUAGCAACGUGAUCGCCCUAGUGACUUGGAUUUGAUUUUCUUUAUAGAGAGAAAUCUAAUAAACAAUUUAAGAAGCGUUUGGCCAGUA